AAUUAUACUGGCAUGUCUCCUUAUGCAAAUAUACAGAGGUUAUUGUCAACCAAAAGCUACACAAGGUAACUCCGACAGGGAAUUGUACAACAACAUUUCUGUCAUAUAAUAUGCUUCAGUAGUUUUAUUGAAAGAAACUCGCUUGUGCUGUAGUACACAAAACAACAUUUCUUUAAAAGUCAAGCCCUAGUCAACCUACCUGGUAGUUACAUUUACCUAAGAAUUUCUCCAAUAAAAGUCAAAUGCAUUCAUUCGGGUCCAAAAACUGGUUCACCCAGAGCGUUAAAUGGAUUUACUAGAGGAAAAUGAAUUUCAAAUGGAUCAUCAGAUAAUGCUUGUAUUUGCAACAGGUACCAGUCCUAUACCUGAUGUCACAGUCAAUGUCAAGCAGAGUGUGGUAUUGACAUUAAAUCGCAAGGAGGUCACUUGAUUGUCCCUAGGGAUGUUAUAGAUGUAGACGUUAUAAAUAGACCUUACAUGUGGGUGUAGAUUGGCAGAAUUUGAGUGGAGCAAUUCACCUUUGUUGUUGCUAUCUUAAAAGAUACUGGUUGUGUGUGAAGUCUCACUUAGCAGUAGUGGAAUCUCAGUGUCACCACUGAUACCAGGGCCAUUUGGGAGAUGGAUCGAUUUAAUGGCAUUUAUCCUACAGAUGGGGCAGAAGAGGAUUUUGUCACAACACAUGAACUUCACAGGAACAGGAAGGUGCAGGUGAAUGUGAGCUGCUGCAUUUUAACCCCAGUUGAUGUUGACCAGCGGCAUCAGACAUUUUCUGUCCAAUUUUAUCUGCGCCUGACAUGGAGAGAGACAAGGCUCAGAGGGGUGGCAGAGGAGUCUGUAAACUGGUCAGAGCAGUGGGACCCUAAGAUAGUAUUGCUGAAUGCAGUUCACAUCUAUAGCAAGUCUGAGACCAAGUCUCUGGAGUACAACAGGAGAAGUGACAUACCCUGGGUUGUUCAUGUUUUGAGAGUGAAUGGUACUUUCAAGGCCAGUUUUGAUGUGAAGAAUUAUCCCAUUGACUACCAGGAGUUGCCUAUACAUAUUUCAUCUGAAUGGACACAGCACAACCUGCAGUUCCAGAAGGACACAUUAAUGAAGGAUGAGUUAUUUUACCAAUCCACAGACAAAGAGGGCAGUCCGGAGUGGGAAUUAAAUCCCUGUGUAAUGGUGGAUGAGGAGGCGCCAGUCAUAGAACCUAGCAUGGACAGUGCAACCUGGUUCCAACACGAAGACUACACCAUCAAGUUGUUUGUCAAGAGAAAGCCCACUUUCUACAUAUGGAAUGUAUUUUUAGUGAUGGGAAUUAUCACCUUCCUUACAUUUGCAACAUUUGGAAAUAAUGCACAAGAAGCAGACGAGCGAAUGGAGAUAACAAUGUUGUUCUUCCUGAUACUGGUUGUUGUUUACUACUUUAUCACUCAAAGGCUGAGCAUUUUCUUAACAACUACAUUACUGGAUGUAUUUUUCCUCUGCUGUUUGACCAUACAGAGUCUGGUAGCCAUUCAGAAUAGUAUUAUGGUAUCAAAUCACAGAUUCCCUUCUACAGUGGAUUCAGUGCUCACAGCUGUAGUGGCAGGGAUUGCAGUAUUAAUGUUCAUCAUCUUCAUAUUCAUUUUACUGAAAAAGAACAGCAACAGAAACCAAGUUCUGAACAAUUAUGUCAACCAGUAUAUAGAGCUCUGCAAUGAUAUUGAGGAAAAUAUGCGCAGAAAACAUUCCCGUGACACAAUGUCAGUGAAUGGUUCAGUAAGAAAUGAAAUCUCUGUGACAGAAAGCGAGUUAGAGACCAGACUACGAGUGGUGUCAGCAGUAGAGAGUGAAGUGUUUGAAACAGAACCAAUGGAUGAUGAGAGAGAGCAACUGAUUACAGACAAAGAUGUCAGGCCCAAGACCAGUACACCUAAAAACACAAGCACCACUAGCCCCAACAAUACCAAAUUCAAUGCCUCUGCUAGAGGCCAAACCAAAAUCAAUAACAGCAAUGAUAAGCCUCCUCCAUAUCCAACAGAGAGCUCAAGGGGUAAGGAUAGCACUACAGCUAGCAGCUAUCACAAAAAAUCUCAUAGUCAGCCAGAGACACCAAGAAACAAGGGGGUGGCGUCAGGAAGUGCCUUUGUUCAUAGACUUCCUCCAUCGGAUACACCUAAAGGCAAAACACCCGGUGACAAUUUUGGAAACUUGCCAGCUCAGCAGAGGGAGACAUCAGACAAUGCAAUAAAACCUACAGCAGCUUCAUCAUCUUUUGAAGCAGCAGCUGAGCAGAUGGUAAGGCAUCUGUCAUGUGAAGAGCAACCAUACAGCAAGCAGAGAAAUAACAGUGAAUCAGAUAAAAGGAAGCCUCCUUCUCACUUUGAAAGAAACCUGUCAGCCACAUCAUCUUCUGUCAGUCCUGCUAGUCCUACAACUCCAGUCUAUGAAUGUUCUGUGUGAGAAACUACUUUCCACACCAUUCAAAAUUUAGUGUACCAGUAAAAACUUGCAUCCACAGCAUGUGUUGGAUCAACCAAUGUUCUUUAAGAAAAACAAGACCAAUAACAUUCAAAGAGAAGGCAUCUGCAGAAGUUUUUUUCUUUUGUGACCUUGUUACAAAGAUUGAAAACGCCAGGUUUUGUCCCAUAUGCAUUUAUUCUGAAAAUUCAUUGAAUUCACAUACACACUUUUUGUUGAUGGAAAUGCCAUUUCAAAAAUCAUUGUAAGAUACUCAAGAAGUACCUCAAGUUUGUCAGAGUAUAGCUUUUGCCCAUAUCAGUACUUCUUGUAAUCAAUGUUGUAGAGUUAAAAGAGCAGUGUUGAACAUUCUGGAUUCAACCAUCAUUCUCAUGGCUGUAUUAAUGAGUAUCUAAAAAAGCUGCAGAUUAUGUGGCUUUAAACUUUGCCAACUUGGAAUAGAUAAGCAUUUGCUAAAUGUAUAAAAAUUGGAGUCAAACAGUAUAUA